UAUAUGUCGGUCUUGUGCCAAGUGUGAUGUUGCCAAAAAUCUCCAGUGUUUCUUGAUUUAUUCUGAAAUUGGAUAGUUCAACCUUAUUUAUAAUUAACCUGCAACUUGUAUUAUCUUGUUUAAUUUUAUAUUGCAGAAGUGUAAAUGAUAAUUUCAACGUCAAAAUUUAAGAGGUCACAAUCACAUGUCUAACCUAAGAUGAAUAUUGAAUUUGUAUUAAAAAUUACAAUUAAAAGUGAAUCUUAUAGAGUUCACACUUAAGAAGUUUUCCUUAGGCCAGUUGAUAGAAAUCUAUCUGAUGCCAUUUCUCACAUCAGCAUCUUUCUAGUCAACACAAUAAUUUUCUAAAAAAAUUGGAAUACCAAAGCAUAGAGUUCUAUAUAUAGUGUGGGACACAGAGAGAGAAUUAAGGAAGAGGAAGAAGUAAAAGGGUGUUGAAAUGAAGCGGCGGAGGGAGGCGGAGAUAUCAUCAGAGAUAAGGUCAGCCAUUCAAGAGCUGUCGGCUGCUUCGGAGAGAGACGUCGUUAAACCUACGGCGGAGAGAGACAGCGUUAAACCUGCAGCGGAGACAGAAGGCGUUAAACCUGCGGCGGAGAGAUGUGGAGAUGAUCUUCAAACGACACUGCAAAUUCCCAUCAAACCAUUUCUCUCUCUGUGCAACCUUCUGAUUCAAGUUCUUGAUAAGAUAGGGCCAACAAUGGCUGUCCUGAGGCAAGACAUUCAUCAGAAUAUCCAGAGAUUGGAGACGGUCCAUGAUUCUGAUCCAUUGAGAUAUUGGGAUGUGGUUGAAAUAUUGAAGAAAGAGGUCAGUGAAGGAAAGGCCAAGAAGGGUCCCACGUGCAGUAAAGCCUUUGUUUGGCUUACCAGAUCACUGGAUUUUUCAGUAACUUUGUUAAAAUUACUUGUUGAGGAUUUUGAGAGGGACAUGGAACAAGCAGUGGAAAAGUCAUAUAAUAACACUCUUAAGCCAUGGCAUGGAUGGAUUUCUUCUGCAGCUUAUAAAGUUGCUCUCAAACUAGUGCCCGACACCAAAAGUUUGAUAGAUAUUCUCAAGGCCAAAGAUGCAGACAAUGAUAUGCUUAAAAAAGAGAUGCAAAUCCUAAUUUCGUUACUUGUACCCCAGUUGGAACGAAACUAUGAAACUAUGAGAACGUAUGGAUUGGAUAAGUUGAAGUCCACGUGAAUGAUAUGUUUGGUACUUACUACUAUACAUAAUUAGAUUGUACAAUUGAAAAAAAAAAUAUUUUUUUUUCUUUUGUACCGUUUAAUUCGUUCUUAUUUACUUUAUUAAAGUUAGACGAAGUGUACCGAGUUGAGUUUUCAUUGAUCUUUCUUUCUUCCCUAUAGAUAAAUCUAUUCCCAUGCAAUAUAGAGCUAUACCUUGUACAGUGUAAAAUAGUCAACAUAUUAUGAAGUUCAUCAAGAAAAUUAUACAUAUUUAUUGUGUA